UGCGCGGGGCCGACUGCGCGCGCUCCCGUGGGCCGCCGGGUCCUGCUGCGCAUGCUCGGCGCCCACCGCCCGUCUGGGACCCCGCGCACCCGAGCGUCUGCAGUUCGACGCUGCACCCCAGCUUGGGCAACCCGCGCCCGGCCAUGACGGCUCAUUCCUUCGCCCUCCCGGUCAUCAUCUUCACCACGUUCUGGGGUCUCAUCGGCAUCGCCGGGCCCUGGUUCGUGCCCAAAGGACCCAACCGCGGAGUGAUCAUCACCAUGCUGGUGGCCACCGCGGUCUGCUGUUACCUCUUCUGGCUCAUCACUAUCCUGGCCCAGCUGAACCCCCUUUUCGGGCCGCAGCUGAAGAAUGAGACCAUCUGGUACGUCCGCUUCCUGUGGGAGUGACCACUGCCGCUUCGGCCGCAGGUGCCCCAGCUCCCUGGAUGACUUUGGCUGUCCUGUCCCCGACGACCCCUUUGUCCCCACCCUCACAGCUGUAUCUGGGUCCCUCCCUGGCUUCCUCCCCCAGGACCUGCCUGGUUCUAGCAGUUCCUGCCUUCUCCAUCCGGUCUGGGCCUCGGGAAGCCCGGAGCUGAGUCAGGCUGGAACAGAAGAUACCAGCCCUCAGACUCCCCCUGCUCCUCCCGAGGAGACCUUGGGCAGGAGCUGAUGGGGGUGGGACUUGCCUUUUACCAGCGAGACAGCCUGUCCUGUGGAGAAGCGGUGUCCAGCCCGGGAUGCGCCAAGCCCAGGUCGGGCUGGACCAGGGAGAAAGCCCCGGACGGGGAGUCUGCUGGUUCCCAUCAGCUCUGCCAUGGUCCUGUUGUGCGACCCCGGGUAGCAUCUCUGCCUCCGGGGGCCUCCUUGUCUGUGACACGGAGAGACCCGAUCGGGGUGUCACAAAGUCCUUUCCUGGAAUUCUUUAAUUUUCAGACACAGAUAGAUGUGAAAUUUCUUAAAAAGUUGAAGUAACGGAAAAAACACUCACACGCAAAAAGCAGCAUAGUGAUUUGGAUCAGAAUUGAAACCAGUAUGUUUAGGAUUCUUUAUCGUCCUAAAGUCACUAAAAUGGGCUUGCUACAAAAGUUCUAUCUCCUUAGAAUAUCCUCUCCCCCCUGUCUCCGUCCCUCCUCUGCGGGGAAGCUCCGUGCUGUCUGGAGCUGUCUGAGCCCGGCCCCAGGCCUGGAGUCCCUCACUGGAUGGCAGGGGAGUGGGUCUCAGAGCCCCCUCCCGCCAGUGGCAGCAACUAGGUCGCCUGGAGUCAGAGAGGCUGAAGAGAAACAGGCGUGGGUGAGCUUUGGGUGCCCCUGUGGCCCUCUGGGCCCGUCCUGGCCCCGAGGCCUGCACCAGACCUGUCUGCCCCAGAGUGGCCUGGGCUCUGCGCUGGGAAGGGGAGGGUGGCGGAGCGCCAGCGGACGAGGUCUGGAAGGCAGAACGUGCAGGCACCAGACCAGAGGGAACCCAGGACCCCCACCUGUGCCCUCCUCCCAGGAAAUUUGCAGCUGAGAACUCAGGCACCCCGCACCCCCCAGCCCUGCCGCAUUGCCCCCCGGAGGAAGACGCCAAUCUUGAAUAUUUAUUGACUGUAUUUAUGUGAUGCGCGUUCCGUUUAGUGGGCAUUAUCUUUGGAACAGUGGUCAGUUGCGAUGCGUCUCACAUAAAUUUCUUGGUUCUGG